AUGUUUGCCAUCCAGCCAGAGGUAGCUGAGGGGGGCCAGUUCCUGGGGGGGCCGCCUCCUGGAGCAUGCCAACCUGAGUUUCAUCCAGACAGCAACUCCAACUUCAUGGCGACUGCCAAGGACGCCAAUGAGAAUUGGCAUGGGAUGCCAGACCAAGUGGAGCCCGUCCUGAUGAGGAGCUCCUCCGAGUUGCCCUCUGACAACCAGGCCUUCCAGGACCCUGGACUGCCCGAGGGGGAGCUCCGCAGCCCCCCAGAGGGAGCAGAGAUCCCCAGAGCUGAGCCUGAGAAGAUGAGUAGUGCCGGCACCAUCUGCUCCCCUCUGGAGGACAACGGCUAUGCCAGCAGCUCCCUCAGCAUUGACAGCCUUAGUAGCAGCCCUGAGCCUUCCUGUGGGACCCCUCCCGGCCCUGGGCCUUCAGAUCCCCUCCUGCCUUCAGUGGCCCAGGCUGUGCAGAAGCUGCAGGCUCAAGAGCGCUACAAAGAGCAGGAGAAGGAGAAGCACCACAUGCACUUGGUGAUGUACCGCCGCCUGGCCCUGCUCCAGUGGAUCCGAGGCCUGCAGCAUCAGCUGGUUGACCAGCAGUCCCGUCUUCAGGAGAGCUUCGACACCAUCCUAGACAACCGAAAGGAGCUCAUCCGCUGUCUCCAACAUAAGGCAGCACCAUCCAGACCUUAG